ACGGAACGCGACUGCACGCGCCCGAAUUCAUUCACAACCGUUCAUUCAAAAUCCGAACGGUCUUUCAAAAAACGAAGUGACCAGUUGUGCUUAAAAAAUAUUAAAACGGAUUUUUUUAUUUGAAAUUCUGCGUAUUGUCGUCUCCUUUACGAUAAUCUCUGAACUUCACAUCAUAGAUAAACUAUUCAGAGGCAAACUCCUUGCUCCAACCUCAAGGCGAUGACAGUACAGUGACAGUAUCGUAACAUACGGUGUCUUGAAACAAAAUUUAAUAAAAUUAUGUGUAUUGGUUCCUUAAAAAGAUAGUGAUUGAAAUUUAUUAAGUUUUCCGUUAAAUUUAAAAUGGCGUCGUGGAAAUCGUGUAUAUGGACAGUUUUCGUUGUGGUGUGUCUGUUAGGGAAGAUAUCAGGGUUGGAUAAUGGGUUGGCAUUAACCCCACCGAUGGGAUGGCUGGCGUGGGAACGCUUCAGAUGCAACACUGACUGUAAGAAUGACCCUGACAACUGUAUAAGUGACCGUCUCUUCCGUACGAUGACAGACAUCCUCGUCAAUGAGGGCUAUGCGGCUGCUGGCUACGAAUAUAUCAACGUGGAUGACUGCUGGCCUGAAAGGGAACGUGACCCCAGGGGUCGCCUGGUACCUGACAGAGAACGAUUCCCCUACGGAAUGAAGAGCUUGUCUGAUUAUGUACACAGCAAAGGUCUUAAGUUCGGUAUCUACGAGGACUACGGUAACUUCACCUGUGCCGGUUAUCCGGGUGUGGUCGGGCAUCUUGCUGGAGACGCAUCGACUUUCGCAUCAUGGGGCGUGGACUACGUUAAGCUGGACGGAUGCUAUGCUCUCCCAGCUGAUAUGGACCACGGUUACCCAGAAUUCGGACGACAGCUCAACCUGACUGGUCGUCAGAUGGUAUACUCUUGCAGUUGGCCCGUGUACCAAAUUUACGCUGGCCUACAGCCGAACUUCACAUCGAUCAUCGAACACUGUAACCUGUGGCGUAACUUUGACGAUAUUCAAGACUCGUGGGCGUCCGUCGAGUCUAUCAUAGACUACUACGGAAACCACCAGGACGUCAUCGUGCCCAACGCCGGACCAGGACACUGGAACGACCCAGACAUGCUUAUCAUAGGCAACUUUGGCUUAUCAUACGAACAAAGUAAGACACAGUUUGCGAUAUGGGCAAUCCUUGCGGCGCCGUUGCUUAUGAGUGUGGACCUUCGCACCAUCAGGCCGGAGUACAAGGCUAUCUUACAGAACAGGAAGAUCAUCGAAGUUGACCAGGAUCCUUUGGGUAUACAGGGAAGGAGGAUAUACAAACAUCGAGGUAUCGAAAUCUGGUCACGACCCAUUCUCCCCAUCCACGGACAGCAUUAUUCCUAUGCGGUUGCAUUCGUCAACCGCAGGACUGACGGAACUCCCUCUGAUGUGGCGGUAACUUUACGAGAACUCGGACUUAACAACCCAGCUGGAUACAGGGUCGAAGAUUUAUAUGAAGAUGUCGACUACGGCGUGCUCUCUCCUCAAACCAAGAUAAAAGUGAAAGUCAAUCCUUCAGGCGUGGUGAUCCUCCGCGCGGACGCGCAGCCGCCGUUCGCGUACAACGCGAUCCCGACGCGGACGCCGUACAACGACGUGUUCCGGCUCUCCCGCAAGUAGCGCCGCCGCCGCCUGCCCGACGCUGCGAGAUACUACAAGUACAACAUUAAUGUCGCUAUACUCAAUCCCGUUGAUGUCAUAUAAAACUAGGUCGUUUAAGAGUAAUUAAUAUAUCUUGUCAAUUUUAGCCUCAAAUAGGCUAUAACCGAUUCUGACUAUGUAAUUGUGUAACAGCGCCAUCUAGCGACCGCAACGAUAUUAUAAAUACGUGCAAAAUCGUUAUUGUGAAAAUAAUAAAAUAUUUUGACUGCCAUUGUCGAUGAAAGUAUUUUAAAAUAUUUUCAUUGAUGACGGAGAAUAUUAUUCUAUAGAAUCUUAUUUAUUACUAAGAUUCCGUAUAACGUAGUUUGUGAAUAUAAAUUAUUUUGAUAUAAAUGUAUCUGACAACGCCAUCUAGUAGAGAUUUAGAAACUGAUAACGUAAGCAUAAUAUAGAUGUCGCUAUGUCCUUAUCGUUAAUGGAAACAAGCCAGCCCAGUAACAAAAUAAAUCAGUAUAUAAUCCAUCUUAACUAAUAUUUUAAAUACUAAUGCGAGUUUAUUUGUUACGCUUUCUCGUCUGAACUACUCGACCGAUCAUGAAAUUAGGCGUACUAGUUGUCACGAACACAUUGACGAUGCCGUGUAUCGAAUACCUAUAGUAACUUUAUUAUUUAAAGAAUUCACAAAAGAGUACUUAUCUGUUUUUUAUGCUUUUUAAUUCGAAAGUAUAUGAUAUUCCUUUCUCCUACUUCAUAUAAAGAAACAACACCUUUCGGUGUUAUAUAAAUUUUUUUUCGUUGUCUUUCCAAAUAUAAAUUCACAAACAAUAUAAUAUUUUUAUUUUAUUAAUAGUUUUAGGGUAACUUUUUGAUAACAUUAAAUCGAGUUUUUAUGACAUCGAUGUUCCGGAUCACGGAAUUGAAAUUAUUAGUAGCAUUAACUCUAAUGUAUAUUUGUAAUACUUGAAAGGGAUGGACCGAAUAAUCAUUUUAAAUUCGAUAUUUUAUUACGACAACGACAAUUUUUUUUCUCUGUUCUAUCAAAUCCUACCUCUAUUUAAAAGUUAGCUAUACUAUUAUUUUUAUAGAUUUUUUAAAUAAUAAUAUUAAUUAAUAGUCUAUCCGAUAAAAAAAUCGAUAUUCGGCCCAUCACUAAAAUAUCCAUGUAUGUGUUCGAUCUCAGUUCACUGUCUGAAUAUUACUAAAUAGAAAACAUUCAAUUGAGAUUUAAUUAAUGUUCGAGUGUUUUGUUGAUCGUAAAAGUUACCACAGUGUUUGUCCGUUCGAAAAGAAUUUGUUUAAAACGUAAACAAAAAUAUGACGUCACAAAUUUAAUGAUAAUCAAUAAAAUUAUAUUGCACGCUGAAUUUAAACAAUUUGAAUGAAUAAUAUCAGUUUUGUUUACAUUUUUCAUGACUUUUUAAACGAAUCGGAUAAUAGUUUUCUAACACUUGCCUUAGCUAACAUUUUAUUUAUAUUUGUCUAGUGUGAUCGGUGGAUAGUUAUAUGAUUUUGCCAUUAUGAUUUACCUAGGAUAAGGAUGUACAUUUUAUUUGUCUCUAAAUAUAAGUUUUUAGUAAAUAA